UUCGGCUUCUCUGACAUAAGAUAGAUGUAUUAUAACUUAUAAAUAUUAAAAAUGGUUUAAAUUAAAAUGUAAUGGCUUAAAUCUAUUUAGUGAAUUAUUAUUUAUAUUUGAAUAGAUGAGUAUGAAUCAUAACAUCUUAUCAGUUAUUUAAAACCAAUGUGGCCAAUAAUUUCGUGGUGGGUAAAAAAUCAUUCAAAUUGACUUUCAGUAUUGAUAACAACAUUGUACGUAUGAUUUCUAGUAGGUAGGAGCAAACAGCAAGCCAGGUCCUUCAAAUGUAAUUUGAUUUUCAUUCCGAACAUAUUGAGUCUCGCCAGUAUUUUCAUUGUUUCAUUUUAAAUUAUUUCCGAAUCAUUUAAUAAUUUAGUGCAGAAAUGUUGUGUCGACGGUGAAAGUGUUUUUUUGUGUGAUUUUUGUUUAAAAAAAAUAUAUAAAUAAAAAAGGACGAUUCGUUUUAAUUUUAAUUUUGUAUUAGCGAUGGUAGAUCACACUAUAUAUGAAUCUGAAUAUAUACCAAUUAUUGGAAAUAAUUAUCAGACAAUUGAACAUUCAAAAGAUGACCAUGUUAUUAUUACUGUUCUUGGUUUACGUAAAAAUGGACAAAAAUCAAUAAUUUAUCAUUUUUUUGCAAUCAUAUUUUUGGGCAUACCUUAUUUAUUGGUUAAUUGGUACCCAAAAUUACUAAAAUAUAUUUAUACGAGCGUAAAAUUAGAUCAAGCAACAUUUGUUUUAGUAAGAGAUAAUUUACAACAAACAUCAAUAAUUCCUGUUCAUGAAGUUGACUAUUACUUGAAUGAUAAUCAUCAACAUAUUAGAUUUUUUGAAUAUCAACAUUGUAAAUACAUUUGGAAGGAUGGCGCACAUGAAUUUCAAAAACUUGAUCCUGUUGAUAAAAAAUAUAAGUUGGAGGACUUAGUUAAUAAUCUACCUAAAGGUUUAACUGAAGAUCAACAAAACGAACUAAUCAAAUUACAUGGUUUAAAUAAAAUUCAUAUUGAAAUUAAAUCAUAUUGGACAUUAUUUAUAACCGAAGUUUUUCAUCCAUUUUAUGUGUUUCAAACAUUUUCAAUAAUACUUUGGUCCUAUGAUGAAUAUUAUCAAUAUGCAACAUGCAUUUUAUUCUUAUCAAUUGUCUCAGUCGUUACAUCAUUAUAUCAAACAAAAAAGCAAAGUAUUGCAUUACAUAAUUUGGUUGAAUCAUCAUAUAGUCGAAAUUUGGAUGUUUAUCGACCUAGUUUCGGUGUUACUAAUGAUGAAAAUGUGGAAACAUGGCAAUUUAAAACGAUUGAAGUGAAUCGUUUAGUGCCUGGUGAUGUUAUAGCAAUACCAAAACAUGGAUGUAUUAUGCCAUGUGAUGCCGUGUUAUUAACGGGUUUAUGUAUUGUUAAUGAGGCUAUGUUAACAGGUGAAUCAACACCAGUUACGAAAACUCCACCGAAUCCGUCGAACGAAUGGUACGAACCAAAUGCACAUAAACGACAUACAUUAUUUUCUGGGACACAGGUGAUUCAAACCAGAUAUCAUGGUGAUAGCAAGGUUCUUGCAUUAGUUGUACGAACUGGAUUUGAAACAUGUAAAGGCGAAUUGGUAAAAAGUAUUUUGUAUCCAAAACCAAUGGGAUUCAAAUUUUAUCAAGAUUCGUUACGAUUUAUUGGUUUUCUAUUUAUUGUAGCAGCAAUUGGAAUGACGUAUUGUGUUUAUUUAUAUUUAAAUCGUGGGGCAGAACUUAUGAAAAUUUUGUUACGAACUCUUGAUAUUAUCACGAUUGUUGUACCACCAGCCUUACCUGCGGCUAUGACAGCUGGUACUGUUUAUAGUCAAAGUCGAUUAAAAGCUUUGGGGAUUUAUUGUAUUAAUCCUGCAAGGAUAAACAUGUCAGGAAAAUUAAAAUUAGUAUGUUUUGAUAAGACUGGAACAUUAACACAUGAAGGAUUAAACUUUUACGCUGUGAUACCAGCAGUUGAUGGAAAAUUUACUCAGGUCUCACGUGAUCCAUGGUUAAUUAAUGAUAGGAGACCAAUAAAACAAGCAAUGGCCACAUGUCAUUCAUUAACUCGAUUACAAGGGAACAUUAGUGGUGAUCCCUUGGAUUUAAAUAUGUUCGAAGCUACAAAUUGGAUAUUAGAAGAACCUGGUUCAGAGAAUACACGUUAUAAAAUGUUGGCACCAACUGUUGUUUAUCCACCUGGUGAAGCAGAAGCAGGUGAUAUUCUUGAUGAAGAUAAUUUACAAUUGCCAUAUCAAAUUGGUAUAAUUCGUCAAUUUACAUUUUCAUCAAGUCAACAAAGUAUGUCAGUAAUAUGUAAAAUUUUGGGUACAGAACAUUUCACAUUAUAUGUAAAAGGUGCACCCGAAAAGAUUAUCGAUAACUGUGAUGCAAGUACUGUACCACCAGAAUUUAACGAAUUACUUAAAGAGUAUGCAAUACGGGGUUUUCGUAUGAUUGCGUUAGCAUAUAAAGAUUUAGAUGUAAAAUUACGUUGGAAAGAUGCACAAAAAAUUAAAAGAGAAGAGAUAGAACACAAUCUAACAUUUCUAGGACUUUUGGUAAUGCAAAACACUCUUAAACCGGAAUCAGCACCAGUUAUUCAAGAUCUUUAUGAGGCAAAUAUUCGAACCAUUAUGAUUACUGGUGACAAUAUAAUGACUGCGAUAUCUGUUGGACGUGAGUGUGGUAUGAUUCGACGAAAUGAAAGAAUUGUAUUAAUCAAGCAUGAUUUAACAAAAAAUGCUUUAGAUCAACCAAUAAUUCAAUUUGAACUUGUUGAUUCAACAAAUCAUAUAUCUACAGAAUCUCCAAUUAAUAGCGUAAAUUUUUUAACACAUUUAAAUUUAAAAGACAGUAUUUAUCAUUUUGCAAUGGAUGGUGCAACAUGGAAUACCAUUCGACAUUAUUACCCAUCAUGGAUUUCUAGUAUUGUUUUAAAGGGGACAAUAUUUGCACGAUUUGGUCCUGAUCAAAAAACACAAUUAGUUACACAUCUUCAAGAACUUGAUUAUAUUGUUGGAAUGGUUGGUGAUGGUGCAAAUGAUUGUGGAGCAUUAAAAGCUGCACAUAUUGGAAUUUCUUUAAGUGAAGCAGAAGCAAGUGUUGCUGCACCAUUUACAUCAAGUAUUCAAAAUAUAUCAUGUGUCAAACAUAUUGUGUUGGAAGGACGAUGUGCCCUUGUUACCAGUUUUGCCAUUUUUAAAUAUAUGGCAUUGUAUAGCUUUAUUCAAUUCAUAUCAGUUCUCAUUUUAUAUACGCGAUAUUCUACAUUAGGAAACAUGCAAUUUUUAUUCAUCGAUUUAGUAAUAACAACUAGUCUAGCUGUGAGUAUGGGACGUCAAGGACCAUCAGAUAAAAUUGUGCCAAAACGUCCAAUUGGAUCGUUAGUAUCACUUCGAAAUACAAUACCGUUAAUUUUACAAGUAGUUGUAUGUGGUAUGAUUCAAAUUGGUGCUCUUUAUCAUCUAUUAAAUCAAUCAUGGUAUUCACCAAUUGCAAUUUUUGAAGAACUUCGUACAGAAGAAAUCAAAAGCUGGGAUAAUACAGUUAUAUUUACUGUUAGCUGUUUUCAAUAUAUUAUACUUGCGUUUGUUUAUUCUAAAGGCAAACCGUAUCGUGUAACAAUUUUAUCGAAUGGUCUAAUAUUAUUUACAUUCCUUUCAUUAACAUGUUUUUGUGGUUUAAUUUUAAUUGAUCCAAUUCAACCGACUGCUGAUUUCUUUGAGUUGAUACCACGUGAAAAUAUUGAAAAGGAUUAUGACAAAAACAUGUUUCGUGAUACAUUAUUAGUAUUUCCAAUUAUUCAUUUCAUUUUAUCCAUUUUCAUUGAGUAUUGCAUUGCUGAAAGUACCUGGUUUAAAUUAUUAGUACAUUUUAUAAUACGAAAGAAACAACCAAAGAAUAAAUAUAAGUUAUUAAAUAGUAAAUAUAAUGAAUCUGGUUUUAUAUUACCAUUGAGUUCUGACUAUGAUCCAACUGGUAUUUAUUGUUAGCUUUAAUUAAUUUGAUGAUUGAUGAGUAUUAUUACUACU